AUGAUCAACACCGCCUUCUCCACAGCGGAUGGCCGGCGGCUGCCGCGCGACUUGACGGACCAGCAGAAGCGGGACAUUGAGGAGGCGUUCCGCGUGCUCGACGUCAAGGGCGUGAACACCAUCACGCCAAACGACCUAAAGGUGGCACUACGUGCGCUCGGGUACGAACCAGACAAGGAUGCAGUGCGAAAGCUUGUGGCGGAGAUGGAUCGUGGCGGCGUCUCCAGCAACCUCGUUCUCAGUGAAUUUGAGGACGUCAUGCGCCAGCGCUUCUUUGCCGAGGACAAGGACGACGAGGUGGACCUCGCCUUCCCGCUGUUCACAGAGGGCAAGUCGGAGUUCAUCUCUCUCGAUGACCUGAAGCGGGUAGCGGCGGAGGUUGGCGAGGAUAUCCCGGAGGACGUGCUGCAGGAAAUCAUUCGCGAGUGUGAUGUACUCGAUCGCGACGACCGCAUUUCCCGUGAGGAGUUCAACAAGAUGUUGAGGUCAGACAAGUGA